AUGAGCCCGUCCGCCUGCCGUGCAACCUGCCUCCUUCCCGCCGCUUCAUCUGAGAACUUUGGCUUUUCGCGUGGCUGGCGCGACUUUCCGGUGGGAAUCGACGCUCCCCUCUCCAUGAGCUCCGCUCGCUCGUUCGGGGCGCCGUUUGAGGCCGAGGCAUGCCGGAGGAAAGACGGCGGCGCUGAGGCGGGCGCGAGCCCUUUCACCUCCUCAGCGCGAAGCCGCUCGCAACAGGCGCACGACUGGAAUGACCCGCGGGCGAGCCCGUGGGUCUCGUCGCGCGGAGGCGAGGUGGAAGCGAGGGAAGCGGCGGAAAGAAGGCUUGCUAGACUCAGCUCCCGCAGCUCCCUCGGCGGAGGGAGCGAGGACAAGCUGCCGGCGGACUCCUCUCCGUCUCUGCGAGAAGACGGCCACGAGUAUGAGUGGAGAGCGGCGAGGAGGUUGGAGACCGGUCUAGCCGGCGGGCCCGCGGGCCUCGCGGCCCGGGUGCGAUCCCGGGGGCUCCACGAGCCUCUGUCCUCCCCAGAGGCCCUCGAGGGGCGUGACCAUGAAGGCGGUAGCUCAGCGAUGGCGCGGCCGGUGGCGGCAUCCGAGCGAGACACGAGAAGGAACCUGCUCAAGGAAGGCAACGUGGCGCACUUCAUGCUCCAAGAGAUCUGCGACCUCGCGAAGGACUGCAAGCGAGAUCUCGAUGACCUCGUAGCCCCCUCCGACACACAGGGGAGGCCUGCGUCUCCUCCACUGCAGCACCAGAUCUCGAGCGGGUUCCAUGUCCGGACGACCCGCCGGAGAGGCACAACCUCCUUGACGACCUCUUCGGUUUCGCCGCUGAACUCGGCGUCUGAUUUCAGUCUAGAUUUCCCGUCCACUGGCGGCACGGAGAAGCAGAUCAAGCAGCUCCUCGCAUUUCUCACUCAAGAGCUCCUUCCGACCGUCGAUCGGGCGAAGGCCGAGGCGGACACGCUGCGCAGGAGCAACGCCAACCUCGCGGAGAAGCUGAAGAGAUCCGAGAAGCUCAAUCAGCACCAGACCGAGCAGAUGGACGACUUGCAGGAGGAAUGGCGGAGAACCGAGUCGCAGAGUCGCCACCAUCUGACGGAGGCCAUGGAGAAGCUCAGAGCUGAGAAUUUUCAUCUGAAGGCGCAGUUGGAUCUGUCAGAAAAACACUUAGAGGACGAGCGGAAGGAAAAAUCGACGCUGGAGCAGAAGCUCGUGUUUCUCGAGAGGAAGACGAAAGAGAGGACAGACACGCAAGGGUCGGCGCGGGCGGCGGAAAUACUCGGCGAGCUCGACAGCGCGCGACGCGAAGUCAAGCGUCUAACCACGUUGACUAGCCAGAAAGACUCGAUGAUUGAAGACCUGAAGGAAGCGCUGCGCGCCACGCGGGAAGAAAACUCGACGAUGUCAGCCCGCAGUCUCCCCAGGAGCAGCUGCGGCAGCAUGGCCUUCGACCUCCCCAUAGAAGGCGGCGAGGGCCUUUCGCGGCCGUCUCCGUUGGCGGCUGACUUGGCGCAGCAGGUGCGCCUGCGGAUCGUGAGGCGGGUCCCGGCUCUCGGCGGAGGCGCCGCGCUGAGCGAGCGCCUAGGGCGUCGGCGAGAGCUCGACCGCGCGCGCAGGAACUCGAUCGACUUCGCGCGCAAGCCCGGGCUCCACCAGGCGUCGCUGGCCAGGGAGCUUCUCGAGGAGCAGUCGAGGGCGCAGGCGGAACGCGCCGGCGGCGAGGGGCCGGAGGACGCGCGUUCUAGGGCGCGUCCGGACGACUGCGCGAGCGAAGAGGACGCCUCAAGCACUCAGCCAGCGAAGCGCGAAGGGUGGAAGUCCGCUCUGACUCGCGCGGGCGAGUCUGCGGGAGGAGGCGAGAGUGCGGCAAAAAGGUCUCUGGGCCGCUCGCCGCGCGAAGCGCAAGCAGGCACAGAGCGGCGGACGGAGGUGCUUCAGCAUGAGCUCGAAGAGCUCAGAAAGAACCACGCGCAGAUUCUGGAUCGCAAUGAAGUCCUGAAAAAGUACAACGACACCCUGGAGAAACACUUCCAGGCGGAGCUCCUGCACUACGUCAAGAAGGAAGAUCUAGAGCGAGCCGAGCGGGCCUGCGAGAAGGCGAGGGAGCGCGAGGAGACGCUCGCGCAGCGGUAUGAAGCUGCCCAGAUGGAGAGAGAAGACACGCGCAGCCGCCGGGAAGACGUGGCGGCGAAGCUGGCGGCCACGAAGCACGAGAAGGAGACACUCGAGCGCGAAAGAGACAAAGAGAUUGAAACACUCAGGGAGGACCAGAAACGACUGGAGAGGCAGCGAGAGGCAGAACGCAACCAGGCGGAGGCCCGCCGCGAGGAGCUCAUGUCGCGAAUCAACGCCCUCCAGAGAGAGAAGGACGCGCUGGAAGCAGAAAAAGAGGACGCGGCCCGGUUCGCAGAGGAAGAUGCAUGCAAACGGCGAGAAGAGUCCCGCCAGAGGGAAGCCGCUCUCGAGGAGGAGAAGGCGUCGCUGCGCCAGCGCCUGGAAGGCUCGGAGCGAAAGCAAGAAGACCUUGAGAAGCAACUGACAAAUGUGAAAGGUCUUCUGCGUAGCUCCGAAGCGGAGGCCGCGUCCCUGCGAGCUGCUGCGGACAACAAAACGGGGCAGCUGGCGAGCAGACUCGCAGAGCUCGAGGGCCGACUGGGAACGGUGGAGGCGCACAGAGAGAGGCUUGCGCGCCUGCUAGAGGAAACGAAGAGAGAAAAGGAUGACCUCGAAAACCGUCUGAGCCGUCUGCAGUCCUCGGCAACGGAGGAGAAAACGACACUCAAGGGAGACCUGGAAAAGGCCGAGCAGAAGAAGAGAGAGCUGGAAAGAGAUCGACGCGAGCGAGACGAAGAGCUUGCAGCACGGGAUGCCGACCUGGCGAGUUUGCGGAAGACGCUGGAGAGACUGACAGCGAGCUUCGAGGCGGAGCGCGAAGAAGUCAAGAGACUGCAGGACGCGAAGGACGCAGAGCUCCAAGAGUGGAGAGGCCGCUACGAGAGCGUGGCAGCCCAGCUCGAAAAGCUUCGCGGAGAAAAUGCCCUUCAGCAAGAGGUCUUUUCGCACGUCGGCACGCAGUUGGCGUCGGUCAAAGCCAAGCAGGAAACGCUGGAUGAAGAGGCGGCCUCUAUUCGCGCCCAGCUGGAGCAAGCGCGCGAAGAGAAAGCGGAGCUCCUGCAGACGGUCGCGGCGCUGCAGGCGAGUCGCGACAGCCAGCAGGCCACCGUAGACGAGGCGAAGAAAAGUCUCGAGAGCGUGGCGAAAUUGGCUGUGGACUUGGAGGCGAACCGAAACGAAAUUCAGACGCGGCUCGCUGCCGCCUCCAAAGAGACCUCUGUCCUCAAGCGCACCUGCGCCAUGCUCAAAGAAGAAGUCUUCACCACGAGGCAGAAACGCGAAAAAGACCUCGAGGCCUUCAAAGCCCUCCUGAAGAAAAAGAAUGACGAGAGGAAAAAGCAAGUGCGACAGAUGCUCGAAGUGAAUGAGAAUCUUGGACUCCGAAAGGAGGAAACGGAGCAACGCCUCGUUGAGCAGCUCCAAGACGCUCGGAAUGACAUCAGCGCCCUCGUGUCUCGCCUCUUCCGGCCCCCGUACGGGAGGCGCGGCUCGCAGCUCUCGCUUCCCGCGCCUCCGCAGCACCUCUCGACGUUCGCCGCCGCAACAUGGCAGACAUAUGAAGCCAAGGCCGACUCCAUGUCGUCGCUGCCGGAGGGGAGUCCGUCUCUCAAGUCUGCGCGGAAGACGCACCGCCCCGUGGAUAUGUACAGGCCAGUCGCUCUCUCUAUUCAGAAUUUGGUGCAUCAUCCGUCGAGAGAGAAGCGACCCAUUUGGGGGCUGUCUUCGGACUCGGUGGGGGAAGACGAAUCAGACUUGCUGGAUUUCUUCCCCGACUUAGUUUCAAAGAUCCGGAGCAAACUGUUCAGAGACCGGGACGCACCUCCCCCAGGCAGCUACCGCCAGCGCCCGCCACUGCCGCCCGCGGACUCGUGUUCCAGCGACAGCGAGGGAGAGGAGCCGGUGACAUCGCGCGACUCAUCACCAGGGCGACGUCGCUUGAGCAGCGUGAGCAGCUCGAGCAGCUCAAGCAGCCAUGAGGAGCGGAGUGCGUUUCUGACUCCCUCGGAUGUGCACAAGCAUCGCCAUCUGCGCUCCAUCAAAGUGGGCACGAGAUCUGGUCAAACCUCCCCGUUGCUGGCUAUGUGGGAACCUAGCAUCGACAACACCGCGGACGGCGACUCUGCUCGAGCCGACGCGCUGAAACAACAUUCAAGCGGGCGUGCAGAACCGGAUUUCAUCUCCCCGGAGCCGACUCCGGCGGACGGCGGCCCUGCGAUUCGCGUCACGCCUGGCGGCGAUGCAGAGACACGCGCCUCGCGGCUGAGAGGCAGAGUCUGGGGCGCCGCCGAAGAUGCGCGUGAAGAAGGCCAGGAGCUACAAGAGGGGGCAGGUUGGCGGCGCGACUCCGCCGAGGAGAGGCGUUCUGAAGACCAAAGAAGAGAGCACACAGAAGACGAGAAGGACGAAAAUCACGACGCACAUGGCGAGACGGAGGGGAGCAGCGAAACGUACGCCCGGCGUCUGGCAUCGCGACUCUUCACAACACGUCGGAGUAAACGACCUGUUGGGUUGAUGAAUUACAUAGACGUGGAGAGCCGGACGUUCCACACUCCGCGGCGCAAGUAA